UUUGGUAUGUUGGGUAGUUCCGUAGUUCGCUUCUAUCAAAUCAUAACAAAAACAAAGAAAGAUCUUAGAUAGAAUCCGCAUCCAGCGCGCACUCCCACCCCCAUAAACACCAAACAAACGCAUGUAGGCACACAAUAAUUGUUUUGUUUGAUCAGUCUAUCAAAAUUAGCACACAUAAUGUAAAUAGUGUCUGAGAUUAAACUGAUACGGGAGCAGAAUAAAAACUUACGUUAGAUCUCGCGGCAACAUAGGCAUAGUUAUUCGUUCAAUCGAUCUUAGGUGAGAAGGCGGUCGAUUUAUAUUUCGGUUAUCAUUCAACAAAUAAAACGCGAUACGACAAAAUGAACUUAACCCAGAAUUACGAGCUCAUAUGGCCAAAGUUGAGGGAAUUUAAUGCAUCAGUGGAAAGUGGAAAUAAUGGAACAGGUGUAUUGGAGAAAGUAUUGGCAAUGUUUGUCUUGGGUGGUGGUAGUUUUAUUUCAGGGAUAUUACCAGCCUUCAUAUCGGAACGCAGUACUCGGAGGUUUCCAUUGAUAACAUCUUUGAUGCUGUGUUUUGGAGCGGGAAUCCUUUUGGCAACUUCCAUUAUACACAUCCUACCAGAAGUACGGAAACAGAUAAACUCGAAUUGGGCGGAAAUUUCCUUGUGCGGCGGCUUCUUUUUUAUUUAUUUCAUCGAUGAGUUCAUCCAUUAUUUCUUUGGAGAGGCUAUUCAGCACUCGCAUUCCCACAGCGAGUCAGCAACUAACAAUGGUACUGCCCCUAGCAGCAGUCAAUAUGGAAGUCUUCAGAGAAAUGAUGAGUCAGACCCUUUGUUACAUGCAACUAACCACAAUCACCGUGUCCACUCGCAUGCCGGUCAUUCACACUGUGAUGAUGACGUAAUUGAGGAUGCGAAUGCGAGAAUUUGUCACACUAGCCAUACGGAACCCUGUUCUCAGUCAAUGACGGGUACACUAGGAUUAUUUGCAGCGUUGUCAUUGCAUUCUGCAUUGGAAGGUAUGGGAAUAGGUGUACAAGAUUCUCCAACAAAGGUGCUGUUUUUACUAGGAGCUGUUGCCUGCCACAAAUUUGUUAUGGGCUUCUGUCUUGGCCUUGAAUUCCGUUCUAAUCCAUCAGCUAGUAUGAAAUCUCAGAUCGUGGGAAUUUUGGUUUUCGCUUUGGGUGCAGUUGCAGGAAUUGGGUUGGGAAUGUUGCUGGUAAAUAUGUCCGAAUCUCUACUUCCCGUCUCGGCUUUGGCUAUAAUCCAGGGUUUGGCUGGUGGUACCCUGUUAUAUGUUACAGUAUGUGAAGUCAUACCACGCGAAAAGGCUAGAUGGCAUCAAAAUCCUACACGAAAAGUGGCUGGAUUUGCGCAAUUUUUUGCGGUUGCCAUAGGUUUUGUGACAAUGGCGUUAAUCAACUAUUACCUGGAUGAUGAUGAAUAACAAUUAAAUUCAAAUGAACGUUGCAUAGUUUUAAGUUAAGAGCUUUAAGUAAACUAGUUAUUGAUCAAAAUAAAGAGAAUUAAAUCUCAAAAUA